UCCCGGGCCCGCGGAAACUUGGGAGGAAAGUUGGCGGCCGGCGGCGGGGAGGCGGGAUGGCGGGCCCGGGUCCAGGCGGCCGCCGAGACCCCGCGUCGCCGGGCAACUGCGGCCCCGGCCUGCCUGCCCCAGCCUGUGCCCGGAAAUCUCCAGUGCCUGUUGGAUUUUUACCAAAAAGUUCCUAGAGUGAGGUUGCUUACGCUGCCGAUGUAGACGCGGUACAAUGAUUCAGUAGAGGCCGCGAUCAGGCGCGAGGGACCCUGGCUGCUGAAGGAUGAACGGUGAGGAGGAGUUCUUUGAUGCCGUCACAGGCUUUGAUUCUGAUAACUCUUCUGGGGAAUUUUCAGAGGCAAAUCAGAGAGUCACUGGAGUGAUUCAUGUGGACACCAGCAAAAGUAAUGGCAUUGGAAAAGUUGGGGAGAGACCCCCUCAAGAGAAUGGACUUCAAAAGCACAGGACGUCAUUACCUGCCCCAAUGUUUACCAGAAGCGACUUCAGUGUGUGGAGCAUAUUAAAAAAAUGCAUUGGCUUGGAACUGUCCAAGAUCACGAUGCCCAUUGCCUUCAACGAGCCUCUGAGUUUCCUGCAGCGGAUCACGGAGUACAUGGAGCACGUGUACCUCAUUCACAAAGCCUCCCGCCAGCCCCAGCCCCUGGACAGGAUGCAGUCCGUAGCUGCCUUUGCGGUUUCAGCUGUGGCUUCCCAGUGGGAGAGGACCGGCAAGCCAUUCAAUCCACUCUUGGGAGAGACGUACGAAUUGAUCAGGGAAGAUUUAGGAUUCAGAUUUAUAUCGGAGCAGGUCAGCCACCACCCCCCCAUUAGUGCGUUUUAUUCCGAAGGCCUCAGUCAGGACUUCCUGUUUCAUGGCUCCAUCUACCCGAAGCUGAAGUUCUGGGGGAAGAGCGUGGAGGCUGAGCCACGGGGCACCAUCACGCUGGAGCUUCUCAAACAUGACGAAGCUUACACCUGGACCAACCCUACCUGCUGCGUCCACAACGUGAUUAUUGGGAAGCUCUGGAUAGAGCAGUAUGGAACGGUGGAAAUUUUAAACCACAGAACUGGAGAUAAGUGUGUGCUUCACUUCAGACCAUGUGGAUUGUUUGGAAAAGAACUUCACAAAGUGGAAGGGCACAUUCAAGACAGAAGCAAAAAGAAGCUCUUUAUGAUCUACGGCAAAUGGACGGAGUGUCUGUGGGGCAUAGACCCUGUUGCGUAUGAGUCCUUCAAGAAGCAGGAGAGGAGAGGUGACCACCUGAGAAAGGGGAGGCCCAUGGACAACAGCUCUGAGAAGGCUGAUGGCGACGUGGUGGAUGCCGUGCCUGAGGUUCAGGAGACGGUGCAGGUCAUUCCAGGCAGCAAACUGCUCUGGAGGGUCAACACCCGGCCCCCCAACUCUGCCCAGACCUGGCGAGCCAGGAGAAGGAGCGGCUGGAGGAGAAGCAGAGAGCAGUGUGACUGUCCUGGCCCUCAGAGGCGCAGGGGUUCAGGACACAGUGGUGGUUUCACCAGGGCAGUAACCCCUACACGGGGACCCCCGACUGGUUAUACACAGGGGGCUACUUUGAGCGGGACUUCUCAGGCUGCCCAGAUAUCUACUGAGGGACCGGUUUGGCCCCAGGACCUGGAGACCGAGAGGCUGGACGCCAUCAAGUGGCUGCUUGGAGCUUCAGUCUUGGCAGAAACCAGCUUUUCUAAGGACCCUGUUCAUGGAGACGGCACCAUCCCCGGUCGAGGACUUAGUUCUAAUUAACGUUUGAUUGCCAAACAUUUUACUACUGUUGCAGUCUCUUCACAAGGCUUCGCUUGGAAUCAUCAUGUUUCCUUCAGGUUUGAAAAGGAAAAUUCUUUACAGUUCCCUUUUAUGUGAUGGAAAUUAGCUGGGGCUUCUUUAGCUUAUAGCACCCCCUUAAUUACAAAACUUAUAACUAAUGGAAGUAACAGAAAAGGUCUGUAUUCCUCCUUAUAAUGCAGUGGCAAAGGGUCUGAAAGCAUUUUAAAUUUGAACCAGUAACAGGAAAAGAUGGAUCUUGAAAACAGUCCUGCAAAGAGCUUUAUACAGGCCAGGAAUUGCUGUCUAAAUUAUGGUAAUAAAAAGUGAAGAUUCGCAAAGCAUCCGAUUGAAUGAAAUGAGGAGUUGUCAGAUUCUGUGUGUUUUUACCAAUCUUCAAUAAUGUAAAGGUUACUUUUAAAAUAUUUAAGUUAAAACUACUUGAAUAGUAUUUUGCUGAAGAGCAAGAUAUGCAUUAAUCACCAAUUGUAUUCUGUCCAAAAUGAAGCGUUACCAUGACAACCCAGGGUGGCCAGAAAUGUUGAGAGUUGCUGACAGAAAGUCCCCAACUGCUCCCAACCUUGAAGGGAACUCCACCUCUGGCCAUCUGCUCUUCUUGUCACCAGGGCUUCAUUGUCACUGCGGGCCAAGCCCAUGUCACAAAGUGAGAGUCAUUUCUUAAAAUAUUUCACCUGUACCCACAGCACUCCUGUGUUUUUGUUUUUCCCAGCAUGCAUGUUUAAAAUACAAGUGAAUCUCAUCGGUGUGCACUGUGGGAGGAGCAGAAUCAGAAUCUACUUACAGUGAUGUAAUUAAAGUUAUUUAACAAAAAAAUAGGUGUAUGUCCAUCUCAACAUACGUCUUUAUCAAGUGAUUCUUUUCUUUCUGUAGAAAUGUCAACCCAUAGAUCACGCUAGAGCUCUUUGAUCAAAGACAGUCUGCUGUGCGUGCACACACUCAUGCGCACGCACACUCAUGCACACGCGCGCACACACAAUUGUAUGGAGUGCUGGGUUCUCGAUGAGAGGGUGUCGUCAUUGUGUGUCCGCGCUACAAAAAUCACAUUUGUAAUUAAAACACUUUUAAAAGCGA